AAAAAGACAUUUACAACUCCCAUUAUCAUCACCACAAUGUGAAACCAGAUCUCCGGUGAACGGAGGCGGCGGCGGAGGAGGAUGAGGCGCCGACGCCGGUGCCGGAGACGGCGGAGAGGAGGAAGGUCAAAUAUAUGCAUCAUCAUCCUCUCAUGAGAUUAUGCAGAAGCCAUGAAUCAUCAUCAUCAUCAUCAAGAACAUGUUGCGUCUGAUCAUCAUCUUCAGAACAAGACGACAUCGGAAACAGCUGCUCAUCAUCAGGAGACAAGGGGUCGAGGAAGAGGAAAGGAAGUGGCAGCAGUAGUAGCGGAUGAUGAGCAUGAACAUGAGCAUGAGCAUGAUGAGCGUGAUCAUGAAGAAGAUGGCUCAAGCUGUGCAAAGAAACAAGAGCAUAACGCCAAGGAGCGGCUGAGGAGGAUGAAGCUCCAUGCAUCUUACCUCGCUCUCGGAACCCUUCUCCCUGAUUCUCCUGCUUCAAAGAAGAAAUGGAGCGCUCCGGUUAUAAUCGAUAGAGCCCUAACGUGCAUUCCGGAGCUGCAGAACGAGGUCGAGCAUCUAACUCUGAGAAAGCGACAAAUCUUAACUGCCAUCGAGACCGGGAAGAAGAAGAAGCUUUCGGACAAAGGCAAGUCAUCUGAACAAGGUUCAGACCGAGCAGUUCCAAUGGUGUCGGUCCAUGACCUGGGCCGAGACGGAGAGAUUCUCGUUCAGAUAUGCGUAAAAAACGACGAGAGAAAUCAUCAAGACAGGUUCGGUGAUUUGUUGCACGCAAUAGAAUCACAAGGAAUGGGCAUUCUGAGCUCUUCUUCAGCAGCUCUUGUUUCUUCAGAUCAAUGCAUCCUCAGCCAUCAUUUACAUGUAAAGUUCCAACAUGGAAAAGGAAAGAAAAAUGUCGGUUUUAGAUGCGAAGCGUUUCGGGACCGGUUUAGGUUUUAUCGGGUUAGGAUUGGGGUUCGGGUUUAAAGAAUGUAACCGAAUAGAAAUGGUAAAAAAAAUAUCAAUCCGUAUUUCUUGUUUAUCCGAACCCGAUGGACUUGCGGGUAUCUCCGUCCCACAAUAUCCGAGAUUUCGUUCCUUCAUUGCAGUUCAACAUGAAAUGAGAAGAAAAUGUCGGUUAUAGAUUCGAGUGUUUCGGGGUCGGUUUAGGUUUUGGGUUUGGGAAACA